CUUAGUGCUGCCUGCAUCAGCUCCUACAGCACAGUAAAGUUACUGCUUCUCCUUGACAGUAGAGCAACGGAGCAUUAUUCACCCAGGAAGGGGGUGGUGUCAUAAAGCCGGCACCCAGCUGCUCUUAGCCAUUGGGACAGAGGGAAUUAAUGUAAUUAGUGUCCCACUGUGCUAUUCUGGUGACUGCCUGUGAUUCGUCCUCUUUCAACCAGCCUGCAACAGGAGGCUUUCAGCUUGAAGGAGGAGACAGCCCAUCUGUCCAGCAAAAGAGUACAGAUCUUGACCUCCCCCAAGUUCCUAGCAGGUCUAUAACCAAUAUUUGUUAAAAGGAUCAUACGGUGCAUCAAGGUGUCACCACCUUACAGUUCUUAUGGCUUCUUCAGUAACUCGGGAUCAUAAUGCUUGUCAUGGAUGAAAAGACUAGAUGUUGAGAAGAGUCCGCCAGAGUGACAGACAGAACUCUUCUUUCACCUGGGAAGAUUUUCAAAGUCAAGUGAGUAAGAGCAAAGAAUCUACUGCUAUUAUUUGUGCUGCAUCUUUCCAGCAAGAAUUCUUAAAGAAACACAGUUUGGAAGUUGAUGGCCUUUCUACAAAUCCAAUCUUCCUUGCUUAGUAGCAAACAGCAAGGUGUGGCUCCAUGGCUAUUAUUUUAAAAAGUAAACUGAAACUAAGAAAAAGGUCUCUAGCUCACUAUUUAAUAUGCUUUCAUCAUCAGACAUCCAGCAAGGUAUGGUAAACUUCAAAGAGAUGGUCCUAAAGAGAACCUUUAGAAUUGCUUUGGCACCAUUGAUGAAAGCGAGAAAUGCCUAUGUUUUUACUUGGAGCAAAUGUGAAAGAAGAAAUGUGGAUUUUCAAAUAUGUUCCUUAGUCUAGGGUUUUGUUCUCUCCUCUGCAUUUAUAAAGCAAGACUAGUAUUUCCAAUUAGGUUCUAUCUACAAUGUGGAAAUAAAGCUUCUCCCAACACAAUCAAAUAUUUGCUCCUGGCUCUUUCAAAGAAAGGGCAGAGAGAAUCACAAACACACUGGAUGAACAUUAACCAGUUUUGAUAAUGGGAUUGACCUCUGAGAACGUCUCUACCCCUGACUGCUUAAAUUGCACCCAGACUGCAGAGCAAGUCAAUAUUUCCAAGGCCAUAUUAUUAGGAGUCAUCCUGGGAGGGCUGAUUGUUUUUGGGGUCCUGGGCAACAUUGUGGUUAUCCUUUCAGUAGCCUGUCACAAACAUCUGCAAAGCGUAACCCAUUACUACAUUAUCAACUUGGCUGUGGCCGAUCUCCUCUUGACUUCUAUUGUCCUCCCCUUUUCUGCUAUUUUUGAGAUCCUGGGCUACUGGGUUUUUGGGAGGAUCUUCUGCAAUGUCUGGGCAGCUAUUGAUGUUCUGUGCUGCACAGCUUCCAUCAUGAGCCUUUGUGUCAUCUCUAUAGACCGAUAUAUUGGAGUGAGCUACCCACUGAGAUAUCCAGCCAUAGUGACAGAAAAGAGGGGUCUCUUGGCUCUGCUCUGUGUGUGGGCAUUAUCGCUUGUGAUAUCCAUAGGCCCCCUCUUUGGCUGGAGACAACCAGCUCCAGAAGAUGAAAAAAUCUGUCAGAUCAACACUGACCCAAGUUAUGUAUUGUUUUCUGCCCUUGGGUCCUUCUAUCUACCCCUGAUCAUCAUAUUGGUGAUGUAUUGCCGGGUGUAUGUGGUAGCCAAAAGGGAAAGCAAAGGAUUGUCAUGUGGCCUGAAGACUGAGAAGUCCCAUUCAGAAGAAGUGACUCUUCGCAUCCACCGCAAGAACACCACUGAAGCUGCGGGAGCUACCACUAGCACCAAGCACAAAUCCAAUUUCUCUGUGAGGCUCCUAAAGUUCUCUCGGGAGAAGAAAGCAGCUAAAAGCUUGGGAAUAGUUGUGGGAUGUUUCAUCCUGUGUUGGCUUCCUUUCUUUUUAAUCAUGCCAAUUGGUUCUUUCUUUCCUGACAGCAAGCCCUCAGAUACCAUUUUUAAAAUUGCCUUUUGGCUUGGGUAUCUAAACAGCUGCAUCAACCCCAUCAUUUACCCUUGUUCAAGUCAAGAAUUUAAAAAAGCAUUCCAAAAUGUUCUAAGAGCCCAGUGUCUCCCAAGGAGGUAUUCAUCCAACAAGUAUUCCCUUAGCUUCACCCUCAAUCACCCAAGCAACCACUUUGCUGAAGCUCCAAAAGAUAUUGUCCGCAUACCUGUUGGCUCUGGAGAAAACUUCUAUAAGAUUUCCAAAUCGGAUGGCGUGUGUGAGUGGAAACUUUUUUCAGCCGUGCAAAGCGUGUCGACCAAGAGCAAGGAAGAGAAGUCCAGCUGUUCUACAGCCAAAGUUAAGAGCAAAGGUUUCCUGAGAGAGUGCUGCUGUGCAAACACAUCAGGGAUAAAACCAAAGGACCAGCAAGUACCCACCAUUAAAAUACAUACUGUCUCCAUCAGUGAAAAUGGAGAGGAUGUUUAAAGACAUUCUGAUGGGAGUGCUCCAGUUUUCCAGAGGGUUUUCAGAGUUUUCUGUGCUGGCAGUUGGAUCACAAAAGGUCUGGGUUUUUAACGGGUCAAAACAGAAGGGCAACUAAAGUUCAAAGCAGGUGAGCCUCUGUAGAGAUGGAAACCGUGGGAAGAUUUUCAUCCAGGGUGAUUGCCGUCCCACUGGAUUCUGUGGGAAGUAGAAGCGGGGUCCAUGUGGGUCUGGGCUUCUUCGAGUUAUUCAGAUUCGAUUUCUUACUCUUUUAAAGGUUUUGUUGUAUCCUGUUAUUUUAAUUCAAAUUAUCUAGCCCUUCCUUCCAUCAUGAUCAGUGGAGUAAAAACACUCUUGUAAUAUAUCCUACAGUAGAGAACCAUUAAUACAUGUUCCAGCUUUCAUUGCAAGUACUUUUUUUAGCUGUCAACUUUGUAUUGCAGAAUAACUCUGCACUGUGAAGAUAAUCUCUACAAGGCUGCAGUGUAAGCUAAUAGAGAAAUUUGGGAGCAGGGAGGGAUAUGGCAGGAAGGGUUUUAACUUGACUCUUGUCUUUUUAUAAAUGGAAUGUUGUGGUCCUGUGAAAUUGUGAGUGCCACAAAGACUCAGCUAAUACAAUAGGAAGCUUAUGUCUAAGCCACAACUCCAGUCUUUCAGGGUGGGGUGAGCAAACCCUUGAGAUCUAGGGGCACACAGUGUUUUGUGGGUGGAUGAGAGGCACCAUGGGUGGAUGAUGAUGCAAAGAAGGCAGAGCCAGAAUAUUCUGAUUUUUCUUGUUUUGUAUCCAGAGAAGUUGGAAGAUUUUUAUUUUAUAAAUUAAGUCUUUUAUGGAUUAUACUCUGUGCAUGUGAUGGUUUCCAUCCCAAAAUGUCAAGAAAGCAUGCCACCAAUUUUUGGCAAGUAUGAUCAGAUUCCAAGGGCUGCAAAAAAAAAAAAAGGUGGGAGGAGGCCUCUGGGGCAGUAAGAAACCCCAGGGCUUCUGUUUACUCAUUCACUGUUCUAGAGAAUAUCACAAAUCAUUUUGAAUCUCAAGCUCUUUUUACAGAAGAAAAAGCAGAAAUACUAUCUCCAUAGCGAAAUGGCAUCCCUUGUGUAACCAUGGUGUAGUGAUGUGAAUGCCACAGCCCUAUAGAUUAAGACAAUGGAACUGCAUGUGGAAAUGUCAUACAGGCAGCAAAUCUCACAACCAGCUCAGCUGUUGUUGUUACUAAAGUCAAACACACAUCAUCAAGAGAUGCAGCUUCCACACUUCCCGGUGCCAUAUAGUCAGUCUCAGACCCAGCCCUCUAUGCAUUUUUAAGAAACAGUUCCUUACAAUGAAAGAAGAACUAGAAAACAAAGACAUCUUUGUGUAGUUCUGAGAUCUGGACAGCUGUCUUGCAGGAAAAUCAGGUCUAAAGAGAAAGAUAAGGAUACCAUGCAACUGCCCACUGUUAGGAUACCACUGCUCUUGAUGGGCUACAUCCCUGCUGCCUCUCUACCCUCACAGAAUUCAAAUGAUUUAAUUCCCCCUACUUGAAAUAUAUAACUAUACAUUUGAAAUGUUUACCACUAGGGCACAGAAGGAGCAGAGCCUUGUGGAAAACUGAUGAAUCCCUACUAACAGGUUACCCUCACCAUUUUCAGAGCCUAUCAAGCAGAGCAGUUCCUCAAAUUUGUGUAACUCAGGCAACAAUGAAUCUCGCCUAUAAAUUGGCAACCAGGUGCUCAGAACACUUCUAUGGAAAAGUGGUCAUUUUCAGUGUCUAUAAAAUCAGCCUAAAUCGAGCCGAUAUUUAUUAGCAGUUAGAUUUUUUAAAAGAAGUAUACCAACUAAGAAUCUUGUGGCCUCUUAAAGACUAAUACUUUGAUUAUUGCAGAAGCUUUUGAGGCUAUCAGUUACUUUUUAAAAUCUGAAAUAUGUCUGUCUUUCCCCACCAGGUGCAGCUAUACUAUAGUUUUAUUGGGUUGAUGCCAAUUUAAUUUAUGUCUUCUCAUCAAGAAUGCUAAGAAUUAUAAUUCUAUGAGUGUUCAAAAUUGUCUCUCUCCAUCUUAGACUCUAUCUUUGGGAAAAGAAGACUGCUAUUAAAUUUGUUUAAAUUUGCAGCAUAGCUCGGCCACAGAGCUUUCUUUCAACUGUCUUUGGCUAAAUUAAAUUGCUUUCCUUGAGAUCACCAAACCAUAAAUCAAUCCCCUACAAAUUGGAUGAAAUCAUUCAUCUAUCAGUUACUCAUGCCAAUGAGAUGUUUUCCUCUUGAAUAUAUUUUAAAAAAUGAAAUGUAGUACUUUCUCGUUAAUCCUGAUCAUUUGAAUUUUGUUUAUAGUUCUAAACAAACAGGAAAUCAUGACAAUGCAAAGUUCUGAAAGUCUUCAGUUUGUGAAUUGAGCUCAGUACAAUAAAACCCAACUGUCUUCUUUUUGUUUCAGCACUGAGAAAUUAUCCUCAUUCAUAAAGAGUUGUAUAGAAUAUUCCUAAACACUGAGUUAAUGAAAAGAUCCUCAGUUUAUGUAGAAUUCUUGGCAGGUUCAUGCAUUUAUAUUUCACACUUUGUCUCCCUGGAAAAUCAAGUGAUGAGCAAGCAGAUAAUGGGACCAUUAGAAAUCUUAAAUAGAGUGGAUUGGAUCUAGGCAAAUUUAGUGACAGACUACAUACAGACACUACAUUAAGCCAUGGUGUGGGGUCUUGGCUUCAACUUAAUGUGUUGGGCAAAUACAACCAUGGUUUAGGGCAGUGUGUGGGCCUAGUCACAUAAAUUCAUAAAAAUAAGGUUAUUUCUAAAUAACCAUUAGAAAUUUUAACCGUUACUAAUUUGAGUGCCAUGGGUUUUGCCACAGAUGGGAAGAAGGCAAGACUAACAUGGCAAUUCUGACCAGCAGUCUAAAGGGAUAAUGUAUAGAUCAUUGUUCCAUUGUUGGAAGCCCUGAAUUUAUGCUUGGCUAAUAACGGAGCAGCAGGGUAGAAGUGAGGACAGACAGAUAUGUGGGUUUUUCUGUCGCCUUCCCAGUGGGAUUAAAGAAGCCACACAUCUAUUUUCUCCCCACUGCAAACAAUAGGAAAUAAUUAAUUUACACCUCUGGAGCUCAUCUCAACAUUUCCCAUGUUUGGAAUCCUGGAGGAAUGAAGAAAGCCUUGAGAUCCUUUGGAUCAUUUCAUUUCCUUUUGCCCCACAUUUCCCCUGCUUUAAAGCUUUCCAAGAUCCAAGUAUCCUGAUGUCAGAGAUUAGCUGGCUUCAAAAGCUAUUUUGAAAUCUAAUGUUCUAAGUUAGAGCCCUUUUCUGAUCUCAGAAGAGAAUAUUUCUGGAGUCUUAGAACUUUAGGACAGUAUCACAAGUGACAUAGGAUUGGGGAUUGCAAUCUAAUUUAAUCUGAAUCCAGCCAACUAUUUUUAAUGAAAUUGUUCACACAUAUAUUCAACUGCCAGGAUUAUUCAAGCAAAAAUAAAGCAUAUAUAAGUGA